AUGGAAUUCUUCAAUCAAACAGUAGAAUCGAUCAAUUCAUCGCUCAAUUUUACAACAAGUUCAACAGAAAUAUACCUCUCUAUUUUAACACCUAUCGUCGUCUCUCUCUUGAUGAUUGUUGCUGUUAUUGGUAAUUCAGUAGCGUUAGCCAUUAUUUAUCGAAGUCGAGCAUUGCAUGAGCCACCAGGUAUUUUACUAGCUAAUUUAGCUUUUGCUGAUUUGCUUAUUGGUUUUUGUGUCAUGCCAUCGUCAUUAAUUUAUGGUUUAUGGCCAUCAACAAUAUCAUCAAUAUCUAAUCAAACUAAUCCAUUCCAAGAUAAUCUUUGCCAAGGUAUUGGAUAUGUGACAUCGUUAUCUUUUGGGAUGGUCUAUUGCACUAUUGCUUAUAUUACCUUUGAUCGGAGUAUUGCUGUCUUUAAACCAUUUACUUACUCCACUUUAGUAACAAGUCGUCGUGCAAUUAUUAUAAUCUCCACAUCGUGGAUCAUACUUGCUUUAAUUAGUGCAAUUCCAUUAUUUGGUUUACAGGCUUAUGCGUUAGGAAAAUACCAAUAUGUUGGUUAUUUUUCCUCUUGUUGGCUAGAUUUAAGUAAUUUUUAUGAAAAUGGCAUCUACGUUUUGGGGACUUUCUUCGCUUUGCUUGCCAUUUUACUCUAUGUAGUGAUUAAUUAUAUCUGUUUACUGCUACGUGCACGUAAAGCCUAUCAUCAAAUUAUGGAUUCAUCUAUAGCUCGACGUCGACACCAUCGGCUACAAAAAUCGACUAAAACAGUCACAGUUGUUAUUGGUACAUUUCUUAUUUUUAGUAUCCCAUCUGUAUAUAUUUCGUUAGCUACAGCCUUACAGCAUCGUUAUGUCGGUAGUCCACUUAUAUGCCGUUUAUUUUCACUUUGGGCAAUGUAUACUAAUGUUGCUAUUAAUCCAUUUAUAUUCGGUUUAUCGCACCAUACCUUUAAGGAGAGCUAUUUCCGUUUGAUCGCUGAUAUUCAACGUGGUUAUUUUUGCCAUCAUUGUAAGCUGAUCAAGUCGCAUCGUCGGGUUCGUAUCCAUCCAACUAUGAUAGCGCCACGGAAUAAAUAUUCAAAGCAAUCCUUUACAUUCGAAACAACAGCUACCUUAACAACGGGUUGA